UAGUAUUACGAUUUACGGUUCGCCGGGAGGCCCGGCAAUGGGUAGAUUAUUUUGCGUUCUUAGAAUGUUUUUAUUGCUCUUCACGUCGUCGUUCCCCGAUAAUGACGAUUGUUUCGAGUCCGCCGAACGUACGCGUCAAUUAAAACGACCGAUAAUUACACCGACGUCCAAUUACGCGUCGACUGCAGCUACAACAGUGCUAUGGAAUAAUAAUAUCCCCUUUAUCUACUAAUAAUAACAUAUUAUUAUUGAAUUAUUAUGUAUUUGUGAUAAAAAUCUAGCCGCAGCUGAUUUCUAAAUAAUUUUUUAGUACGCCAAAAACUUGUUGAUAAUAAAUAAUAAUAUUUGUUCUUCGAGUGUUUAAGUAGUGCUGUUCUGUGUCCUAAGUCCUAACUAACCUAGUACCUACCUACCGAGGGGACGUUGCGAGACCAUGGUGAAAACUCAAAAUACUAAGUUGAACUUCCGUCAUUGAACAGUCCAAUUGCAUUAGAAACCACGCUUCGAAUGACACAACAGCCCGACAGGUGUCGGCUGGACGACAAAAGCACAAGUAAGAUUAAUUGAUGUUCAAUGAUCAACGUAUAUAGUAUGGACGAUGAAACGGAUCUCGGAAAAUCGCUGACUUCAAACCAAGAUUGUUCACCAAACAGCUCAUCCAGUUUGUCCAAAUCGGAUAUGAUGUCUGGGAAUCAAAUGCUCGAUAACUGGUUGGGUCUAAGUGUACAUUGCACAACCUCUAUUGAAGAUUUGUGUGAUGGAGAUUUGGAGCAACCAGACACGGACCAAUCACCAUCAACUUCUGGACUGACAUACGAUUUAUCAGCAUUUCCAAAAACAACAUCAGCGAUGACUAUGUUUUAUCCACAUUUAAAUGGUUAUGACAUUCACCCAUUGCUUUUGAAUCAAAAACGACGGAAUCAAAUGGAAUCGUCAUUCUUAGAUCCAUUGAAUUUACCGCCACAUCCUCUUAUGCCAGAUGUUCCACGUCAAAUGAUUCAUAAAAAUAAGGCUCGUCCAAAAGUAUCUCACAGGCGUUCAGAUUUUGCAAAUAUCCAGUCAUCAAAUUUUGAACAACCUUUAAUUGUCGAUACAGAAAAAUAUCAUCGUAAGUCGUUUUAUUGUGUGGCAUGUAGUAAAACGUUUAAAUUCCAAACAUCACUGUUGCGACACAAUAACAAGGUGCACAUUAGCAAGUACCAAUGUCAAUCAUGUCAUCGUGUUUUUUCAAGACAGGCAUAUCUUGAUGUGCACACAUCUAAACAGGGAAGUUCAUGUUACCUGGGUAAUGGGUAUGCCAUUGCAAAGUCAAAAAAAUAAUUAUUUUCUUUAUGGACGAUAUAGUUGUUUAACCAAAAAUAAUAUGUUACUUAUAGAGUAGAAUAAGUUCAAAUCUUCACUUGUGAAGUGUGCCUCAGAGAUAAAUGAAAAAUUUGUUAUGAGUUCACUGUUUAUUGUUUGCUAUAUUUAUUGUUUAUAGAUUAAACUUAUUUAAAAAUUAAUAAAUAAUCAUGAAACAUU